AUGUGCUCGGUGAACGCCGCGGACGAGGAGCAGAGAUGGGUGCCUACGCACGUGCAGGUGUUGGUGAUCCGCGCGCGCGGCUUGCGCGCCAAGGGCAAGCACGGCACGAGCGACGCGUACACGGUCAUCCAGUUGGGCAAGGAGAAGUACUCCACGUGCGUGAUGGAGAAGAGCACGGAGCCCGAAUGGGGCGAGGAGUGCUCGUUCGAGCUGCAGACCGGCGCGCUCGAGCAGAGAGGCCGCGAAGCGUGCGCGCCGGGAAGCUGCGACCUGACCCUCACCGUCAUGCACCGCGCGCUCAUCGGCCUCGACGUGUUCCUGGGCCAGGCUGUGAUCCCGCUGGAUAAGGCCUUCCACCAGCGGAAAUGCAUGAAAAACGAAUGGUACAAGCUUCACUCUAAGACUGGUAAAAAGGAGAAGGAGAGGGGAGAGCUGCAGGUUACAGUGCAGUUUACUCGCCACAACCUAACGGCCAGCAUGUAUGACCUCUCUAUGAAAGACAAGCCACGAUCUGCCUUUGGCAAACUGCGAGAGCGGAUGCGAGCCAAAAAACGUGGUGGAGAUGAAGAGUCCUCCUCAGCCAUUGUCCCUGGGGGCUAUGGGGCCCUGGCACGGAUGAGGGGACGGCUGCCCAGUGAUGGAGGUGGAGAGGAAGACUAUGAGGACGAUGAAGGUGGGGAGCUGAGGAGGAGUAAGAUGAGGAGUUUCUUCCUGCGGGGAAGGUUAAGGAAGUCUUCAGACACGCGCUCCAGCACCUCUCUGGGCUCAGAGAGCAGCGAGUCGUCUUCCAGAGGGGGCAGCCUCAGUCCCACUGCUGGCAUUAGUGUGGUGGUCUCUGAUCUGUCCAACUCCCCCAGCAACAGCAGCAACCUGACUGCAGACAACAGCCCAGAGCACACAGUAGCACCCUCACCGCAGGUCUCUCCUGUCAGGCACAUGUUUGACGAUGAGCCAUGUGACUUUAGCAUCCCGGUGCCUCGUUCCCUAAAAAACAACAAUGACACCCCCAUUCUCCUGCCCUCUGUCUGUGUGAAUGGCAAUCCAGUGGAGACAUCUCCACUCACUCACCAACCGCCCUCGCUGAUACUGCAGCAACCCAAGCCACAGACCCAACAAGAGCCAACCAAAACUCCACCUCAGAAGAGUUCACCAGAGAAAACCAAACUGACUCAGGCUCAAAUAGCAAAACUUCCAGAACCCAAACCCCAACCCAGCGCAGAGCCUCAGAGCCAGCUGCCUAAGGUGGAGUCUAAGCUCAGGCCUGAGCAUCAGCUGCCUACGCUAGGCUUGCUGAAGAAGGGCUCUGCACUCUCCCUCUCCUUGCAGAACAUCUCUCGCCGUGGAGAAGAGCACCAGGGUGGAGGCCCAAUAGAUGGCCGCCGCUGGUCCUUUGAUAAACCUGGAGAAGAAGAGAAAGCUGCCAUCGCUGCUGCUCUGGAGCAUGCUGGGUUGGUUUCUGAUGAGCCCGAGGUGGAGACGACUGUUUCUGAGACAGAAGUUCAAAGCAAGAAGAAGCGGGGCUUGUUUUCACAUGGGCGGGGCAGUGAGUCUGCUGGAAAAGGCUCAGAAGGCCAGCCACCUACAGAAGGAAAACACAGAGGAUGGUUCAGCUCUAAGGACAGUAAACCCAGCCCACACCCAGUGAAGCCACUCACACCUCCAGAUGACAAGAAGUCAGAGGGUCGCUCUGUGUUGGAGAAGCUAAAGUCCACUAUUCACCCUGGCCGGGCUCACCAUGGAGACCAGGAUUCUGAAAAGAAGCCCCUAGUGGAGGGUGGAGGUUCCUACUACCAUCUGAAUCACAGUGAGCUGGUGUCCCUGCUGGUGCAGCGAGAUGCUGUGCUCCAACAGGAGAGGGAGGAGUACGAGCGCCGGGGGGUGUUGCUGGAGAAGCGGGAGGUGGAGAUAAGGAAGAUGAAGGUUUUAAUCCGAGAUCUAGAGGAUUACAUUGACACUCUGCUUGUCCGCAUCAUGGAGCAAACGCCUUCGCUGUUGCAGGUCCGCUCCAAGAUGAAGUGACCUGGCCAGUGCUCAUCCAACCUUUCACUAACCCCCCACAAACCUUCCACAAACCUUGGGCAGAUGUCGCAACCCUGCACCGCUACUGCUAUCAUGUAAAUGUAGAGUACAGCAACCGGCAUUACUGAACAGGCACAGAGGAGAUGAUGUAUAUUUGGCAUGCUUAACUGUAUCCAAAUACACUUGGAUCUCUGUGUGGGGUCCAUACUUGGCAGGUACACCCCUGCUUUGGCAGGGCUUAGGGGAUGCCCCCUCCUCCCUGAAGUCUUAUUCUGAUAGGAGAAGUAUGAUUUAAAUUGCAUCAGCUGAUGUUCACUCUCUGCAACGGAUGUCUCAGAGGUGCAGCUGUCCAGCUAGUUACCAAAACUGUCGGUCAGUCAAAGGGGAAGUGUGGUCUUUGAGCUAGGGUGAAUCAUUUCUGAUGCUCGAAAUAACUCAUUUUACCAAAUUCUCUCUUUUUUUGCUCUUCCUUUCCCAUGACAUUAAUGGGACCUAUCGCAUUUUAAACAUAUAACGUUCUGCUGCUUGAAUAGGCCGAUUCUGUAGAUAGAGUGAGACAGAGAAAGGCAGAGAAACAACCGGGAUAGAAAGCAGAAUCGGUCGGUUCUAAAUCUGCUUGUGCCUCCUGUCGUGUCUUCCGCACUUUACUGACGAGCAUAAGAGCAGAGGCACGCACUAACAUGCUGGCUCCCCACUCCCCAUCUGUGUCAGUCAGUCAGUGCCCUCCCCUCCCCCCGUCCUGCUUGAGCUAACGCACGCACAUCGCUGCCAGUGCUUUCAGGUGUAAUGAACGGGAUAUGUACUGUCCUUACUGCGUAUAUGCCACUCUGAUGAAAUGCCAAACGCUGCCUUAUCAUAUGUCUCUGUUCUGUUGUCGCGGAAACCAUCCCUUUUAUUCAGCUCUGCGCCUGACCUUGAAGUACCACUUAAAGGGACGGUGCCUUCAAACUUGAUUACCAACAGACUGUUAGUUUAAGUCAGGUGAAGAUGUAGGAUGUUACUGCCUCAUUGUGGAGCUGUAGCGAACUAAAGAGAAAAAAGGAUGAUUAUCGAAUACUAAAUGCCUGAAGUUGCUAUAAUUCAGUGUUAGUGUCAUGCACAGCCGUGGCUCUGGCCCCUGUCAGUGUCCCCGCAGUGUUACUCUGAUGUUACUCUAAUGUCGCCACUAUCAGUGUGUUUUGCAGUGUAGCACCAUGUGUAGUUGUGUGGUAGAGGCCAAUGUUACAGCACUUUCAAGCCACACGCACACUGGAAAUGGUUCUUCCUAAAGAGCAGAGAAAAUGUACUGAGUGAACACAAAUAGAUGCACAUGCACACUGCACUAGCUCAUUCUCUGAACCUAAGAUAUUUACAGUAUUUCUGUGCUACUGUAAUUCUCAUAGUCCAGCCCAGCUAGAAAAGAAAAAAAAAAUCAGAGGUCAGCAUAAUACAUGUAACUCAUCAGAGACUUACUGAGAUGAUUAGAAGCACUUCACACGUUCUGCCUCCCAUUCAAAUAUGAUCUCUGUCUCUUAGAUUUUGCUGAUGUAUGAAUGGAAUGAUUGGACUGCUUCGUUCAGCUGGACUGGUAUGGAACGAUUGUGUUGGUCAGAGACUGAAGUUUACAGUUCUUAAUAAACCUGUUAGGUUUUACAUUCUAGUCUUUAUUUAAAAUAAUAUUUUCUGGCUUUCUUGCACUUUUUUAAUAGUUUUUUUUUUUGGAGUUCUAUGCUGUUCUUUUAAAAACUCACUGUUGUGCUUGCAGAAUGUCAUGCUUGUUUUCUCUAAUAAUCAUUUGUUUGUGAUUUAUCUGGCUUUUUUUUUUAACUACCAACACGCUGUUCUUACACACCAUGACUGUGUUCAUCAGGUUUUCUCUCUAGAAGUCAGUAAUAAUGUAGAAAGCAAUAGAGCAGAGGGCUAGAGGACUGUAGGGAACUUGUGUGCAUCCUGCAGUCCAGUUUGUAGGUACAAGUGCCCUUGGCUUAAUGUUAUGAAAUGUGUCAAUGGAAAUGAAUGUAGAAAUAGGUCUGUGUGCUUUUAAUUGUAGAUUUGAUAGAGCUACAUUUCUGUAGCAGAACCUCUGGUAAUUUAUUUGCAAAUAAAAACAUUGUGUUUACAGUUCCUACACUUUUGUUUCUGCAGAUCCAAGAUGCUUAUGUAUGGAACAUAAGACGAUUUUCCAUUGUAGCUGCAAAUGUUUAUUUUGAAUAAAAUUGUUUAAGUGAACAUUUUAGUAAUUUACUUUUUGCUUAUUUUUGAUUUGGCUUUUCUCUUAUUCUCUUAUUUUUGAGGAAUUAAUGGAGAGGACAGGUCCAGGUAAACCUUCCAGGUCAUAAAGCAAACAAGAACUGACCACUCUGCAGGAAUCGGGAGCUGUUUUGAUUUUAUUUGGUUUUUUUUUUAAUCCUCUCCGGUGUUUCUCUGAGGUGCUCUCUUUGGGAUGUGCAGGUUGUUCUAUGACUGUCCACAGGGGGCAAACGUUUGAUUGUUUGAUUAUCAACUAGAUGAAAGAUGUGCAGUCAGAGACUAUCAAAGUUCAGUUCUCUGGUCUGUCCUUUUGCAUCUGUGUCAACAAAAUAAACUCUUUUCACUUUGGGAUGGCA